UGACCCCUUUGAUGUUCACUUCACAUGUUUAGACUUUGACAGGUCAUAGAAUAGUAUGCUCUCUACUCUCAAGUAGCUUUGAAGUUUGGUGAAAUUGGAAGAGCAAAUUUGAUUGUGUUUUUAUUAAAGUACAAACAUGAGUCGAAGAGUUUUUGUUGUUGGAGUAGGAAUGACAAAGUUUGAAAAGCCAGGGAGGCGAGAAAACUUUGAUUACCCUGACAUGGCCAAAGAAGCUGGCACCAAGGCCCUGGAAGAUGCUGGCUUGAACUACAAUGCCAUUGAGCAAGCCUGUGUAGGGUAUGUCUAUGGUGAUUCUACAUGUGGACAGAGGGCGCUGUAUCAGCUGGGCAUGACUGGCAUUCCUGUGUAUAAUGUGAACAAUAACUGCUCCACUGGGUCCACAGCUCUUGUCAUGGCAAAACAGCUCAUUCAAGGAGGCUUGGCAGACUGUGUUAUGGCCCUUGGUUUUGAAAAGAUGGAGAGGGGCUCACUCGCAGCCAAGUACACUGACAGAGCAAGCCCAACAGCCCUUCAUGCCAAGGUCGUGAAGGAGACUUAUGGCGUGACCAAAAGUCCCUUUGCUGCUCAAAUGUUUGGAAAUGCUGGGCGUGAACAUAUGGAAAAAUAUGGAACAAAACCAGAACAUUUUGCUAAGAUUGCCUGGAAGAACCACAAACAUUCCACUAACAACCCGUACUCGCAGUUCCAGGACUAUUACACACUGGAGCAGAUCCUGGCCGCACCCAAAAUACACGACCCUCUCACCAAACUACAGUGCUGCCCUACCUCGGAUGGUUCUGCAGCAGCCAUUGUGUGUAGCGAGGACUUUGUAAAGAAGCACAACCUGGAGGGCCAGGCGGUGGAGAUUCUAGCGAUGCAGAUGGCCACCGACAUGCCUUCUGCCUUUGCUGACAAAAGCUGCAUUAAAAUGGUUGGGUAUGACAUGUCCAAGAAGGCUGCCGAUGAGGUCUAUAAACAAUCUGGCAUGCGGCCAGAUGAUGUACAGGUUGUAGAGCUCCAUGACUGCUUCUCCGCUAACGAGCUCAUCACAUACGAGGCACUCGGACUCUGUCCGCAAGGCAAGGGAGGGGAUAUGGUUGAUCGCGGAGACAACACGUAUGGCGGGAAAUAUGUGGUCAACCCAAGUGGCGGACUCAUCUCUAAAGGUCACCCGCUUGGUGCUACAGGCCUUGCCCAGUGUGCUGAGCUGUGUUGGCAGCUUCGAGGGAUGGCCGGUAAAAGACAGGUGUCCGGGGCAAAGGUAGCCCUCCAGCACAACAUUGGGCUUGGUGGGGCUGCAGUGGUAGGCAUGUACAGGCUGGGGUUUCCACAGAAGGCUGCACAAAGACUUCAGGCAGUACCAGCCAGCAUGGUGGCUCCUGAGAGCUUCAAGUGUAACGACAUCUUCAAUGGUAUUCGCCAGAUACUUGAAAAGGAUGGUGCUAGCAUGGUGAAGAAGAUGAAUGGUGUAUUCUGUUUCCAAGUGAAGGGUGAGGCUGGGGAGGGUGUCUGGAUUGUGGACUGUAAGAAUGGGACCGGGUCUGUCAAGUUUGGAGGCCCUGCCAAGGGGGAUGUCACCAUCAUGAUGACUGAUCAGCACUUGGUGGACCUCCUCACGGGCAAGCUGAACCCACAGACAGCUUUCUUCAAUGGCAAGUUGAAGAUCAAGGGCAACACAGCUUUGGCCAUGAAGUUGAAGGAUCUCAAGAUGCCUGAGGGGGGAGUGGGGACAUCUGCUGCCCCAUCAAACACUGGAGCCGGGACUGGCCCCAAACCAGGGUCAGAAUUCAAGGUUGCUCCUGUGUUUGACCAAAUCAAGGCAGAAGUGGACAGGGAUGGAGCCAACAUAGUGAAGAAGAUGAAGGGUGUGUUUUGUUUCCGUGUGAAGGGGGACAAUGGGAAGGAGGGGAUCUGGAUUGUAGAUGCCAAGAAUGGCACUGGCUCUGUGUCAUUUGGCGGACCAGCCAAGGGAGAUGUGACUAUCAUUAUGUCAGAUAAUGAUAUGCUAAACCUCAUGUCAGGAAAGCUCAACCCGCAAAAUGCUUUCUUCCAAGGGAAGUUGAAGAUACAAGGGAAUAUGGGCCUGGCCAUGAAACUGAAGGAGAUUCAACCAAAGGGACAAUCAAAAUUAUAAAGGGACUUUACGCUCAAAUAUAGACAUUACAUACACUUUUUUAGCGGCACAAAGAGAGCUACUAUCGUGUCAGCUUGUUGUGGGUAAAAACGUUUGAUUGGUAAAAAGUCAAUUACUUAUUGAUUGAUUGAUUGAUGUUCGCAUGAUUUGAUAAAAACAAAUAGCUAUAAAUAUAUCUUUUAAAUUAUGACCAUGUCAUGAACUAAAUUAAUUGAAUACAUGCCGGAAUAUGUUCUUGUUUCACCUCCUGUACUCUAGGAUCUGUUAUCAUGGCCGAAGCAUAUCUUAGCUUGGAAGUGCUGUUAAAUUAUUGUAAAAUGUUUAUCGCAUUUCUGAUCUUGAUUAGUAUGAAAGCAAUCUGUGAUAAAACCAUGUGUUUCCAGGUUUUAAAUGUUUUUCAUCUUGGCAUUCAUGUGGUUAAAAAUGUCACAAAAUUCCUUUUCAGCUGCAAGCUUUUGAUAACCAAAAUUGCUUUGGCUGAAACUUAAUGUAUGUAUAAAUGAGAAGCUAUACUGGCAUUCAAGAAUUUAAUACAAUCUGUAAUAAUUCAACCAAUUAUGUGUUCUGCUACAUGUAGUACUGAUGUACAUAAUUUUGGUACUGAUGGUUUGAAUUGUUUUUUCAUUGUUGAUUAUUUCAUUUUUUUUUUUGUCAAAACAGCAUAUUGAAGUUCAAUCCUCAACUUGUCUCCAAAUCCUGAGACACCAUCUUGUUGUUUUGAUUAGUCAAUCAUUUACCUUUUAUUUACAUUAUUUAUGAAAUAAUUCUUUAAAAUAUGCAUGUAUUAUAUGUGUAUGAUUGCAAUAUGAUAUUCAUGAAUAAAAAUUACCAAAUA